GAAUCGGAUUUUCUAUCUUCAAUGACGGACAAGGAUAGAAAGCUGGACUUACAGAACAAUGUGGAGGCUGUCGAGUCUCAGAAACCCACUCUGGAGCACAUUGAUAAUGACCCUGUAUACUCCUAUAAGGACCAGCGAAAGAUCAUUCAUCGAGUUGAUAUCCGAUUGAUCUUAAUGUUGGGGUUUAUGCACUGCGUCUGCCUUAUCGAUCGAGGAAAUCCGGGCUCUGCUGCAGUGGCAGGUAUGGAAAAGGAGCUUCACUUGAUCGGAAACAGAUAUAACAAAAUCGCUGUCUCUUUCUUCCCGCCAUAUAUUUGCCUUCAGAUAUUUGGUCCCAUUCUGGUUCGUAAGAUCGGUCCUGUGAAGUAUCUGUCCGGAGUUUGUUUUGUCUGGGGUGCUGUGAUGUUAUCUGGUGGCUUCGUCAAGGAGUGGCCCCACGUGAGUCUACCUUAUCUCGACUUGGUACACUCGAAUGGCCUCCAAGGCCUCUCAGCAUGGCGCUGGAUCCUCAUCAUUCAAGGUCUUAUCACCUGUGCCAUCGCCACGGUCGGCUGGUUCAUUCUCGUCGACUUCCCCGAUCGGAUAAAAUCAAACAAGCGCAACUUCCUGUCGAAUGACGAGUUUAGUACUCAUUUCUUUUCAGGGGUUGCGCCUCGCAUGGUUGGAGCCUUUCUUACCACUAUGGGAUGUAAUGCUAAUAUCCCAGCAGCCAUGGCAUACCAGGAAAAUAACAUUCGAGGCCAAUGGAAGCGUGCAUUUGCUAGUGCAGUAUUGGUGGGUCUUGGAGCUUCAGGGGGGUUGACAGGCUCACUUAUUUUUAGAACCCAAGACGCACCAGGGUACCAUCCAGGCAUUCUGACCUGUGUUGGGCUAUCAGUCCUGAUUAUUAUCCUGGUUAUGCUGCUUUCCAUCCGGUUCUAUAUCUUGAACAAGAAAGUGGAUCGAGGAGAACUAGUGAUCGGGAACUUGCCUGGGUUCAAGUACACAUACUAG